UAUGGCGGAAGCUGUUGUAGAUUCCAGAGCAUCGUCGAGGUUUUUCUGUCACAAGUGUGCCACAGAAAUAGCUCCAGAAUUACCGGACUUCACAUGUCCGAACUGCCAUGGGGGGUUCAUAGAAGAGGUUGGCGAAAGCGAAGAACAAGAAAGGACGGAAACUAAUGAAGUUAGUGGUGAAAGAAGUGAUGUAUUUGAUUCAGCUUUAGCUUUCACUUCGUUAUGGAGUCAUUUAGCAGACCCUGUCAAUCAUCAAAGGAACAGAACGCCGGGCGGCCCCAACGAGCCUGGAAGCAGCAACAGUAGCAGUAGUAGUAAUUUCAACAGCGGUAGUGCCAGUAAUCCACGCAACGUCACACCCAGUCCCACAGCCAGCAAUCCUCCUAGGUUACAACAGUUUGGCCCCAGAGGGCAGUCGUCCAGGGUAACCAUUCAGAGGAUGGGGCCUCGGGAUCAAAGGGGGGACCCGGCUGCUGAUAUGAUAGCGAUUCUGCAACAUUUGUUAGGACUGGGUAACCCCAUGCAGCAAGCAGCACCUGGUGGUUUCGUCUUCCCAGUUCAAAUGCUUAAUCUACAUGGCAACCCACGAGACUAUGCAUGGGGAGAAGGUGGUCUAGACGCCAUCAUCACCCAGUUACUAAAUAAUGUUGAAGGGCAGGGCCCAUCACCUGCUGCACAAGAAGAUAUCGCUAAGCUUCAAACAAUAACAAUAAACAAUGAACAUUUAGAAAACACUUUAGAGUGCCCAGUUUGUAAAGACGAGUUUAGUGUUGGUCAGCAAGCCAAGAAGAUGCCCUGCAAACACCUGUUUCAUCCUGAUUGUAUAGUCCCCUGGUUAGAAUUGCAUAAUUCCUGCCCAGUAUGUAGGAAAAGUCUGGAUGGACACAGUACUGAGAAAGACAUUAGUACGGAUGGUAAUGGUUCCAGUGAUUCAACGCCUGCUGCCUCUUAGUUUAGACUUCAUAGACAAGCUUUAUACAGAUGCAAUGAUGAUGUCCUGUGCAUGCUGGUCUAACUGACAAUCUUGUCUUGUCCAGUUUGACGCAGAUGACACUAGCAAGCCAGUGUGACAAGUUCAUCAAGGCUCGCUGCGCACUACACCAGACAUCAUGACCACAUACUGCAAGUAUACUCAUCAUCAAAUUAUAACCAACAGUUGACUUUUAAGGAAAACUUAUUAUUUUUAUUUGAGAAAGUUUUAUCAAAAUGCUCACGCUAUCUCUUUGAUUUCUCAACGCAUUUUUUUGUUAUUCAUGGGAAAUAAAAAAAAGAGAAAGGUCGGUGAGUUAUAAUUUGUUAAUACCUGACAUAACCAAGGUUCAUUACGCAUUGGAACAAAGUACAGCUUUAGUACUGUGGCUAAAGGUAUACCACAGGUUAGCCCUGGCGGCCUUACACUUUUGUAUUAUACUACAGUGACGUCCUGGAUAUCAGGGUCCA